AUGUUGCAUCGUUCGUACAUCCCACGCUGGUGCUUCUACUUGCAUCACUACACUUCCGUAUCAUUGGGGCUGUACCCGUACAGAUUCGAUUCGACCCGGAGCCGUUUCAGCAAAAAUACCCCCAUGCUGGUAGCAACAGUUCUUUCCAAAGUCCUGUUCAUAACCACUAAAGCAUUCUGUGCCACAAGUUUCGUGCGGCACGUCUCCUCAAUUCCCGGAUCAUUUCUACCUCUGAUUUUGUACUUCACUAUCGACAAGCUGGUUCUGCUUCACGAAAUCUUCCUUAUAAUCACCCAACUGUUCGAUUCCAAGCGAUAUCUCUGGCUGCUUAAUGAAAACUUCGCUUUGGAAGAACACCUAAAAGCCCAGUUCCCAGACAUACCAUCACAACCCCUUUGGAUCUACACCAAGGUAGUCCCUUUAAAGGUGUUCUUCAUUGUGACGUGUUGUGCCUUUGUUAGCUCUCAACUGGAUGAUCCACAUGCGGUGGCAAAUCUCGGCUUGUUCAUGAGUGCAGCUGUUUACAACGACCAGUUUCUGAUCUGGAUGGAAAACAUCGAACGGAGUGUUGAUAUUCUGCGAGAGCACAGUGUUCUGGUGGGGGAAAAGCUACGGCACGUGGUUUCAUGCUACGAUGAGCUGGAAUACUGCGAAGAUUUCCGGCGGAUUGCUGUGGCCCACGGUCGGAUCUAUAGGAUCUUCCGGAGGGCUGUGCAGUUCUACUCGGUUCAAAUGAUGAUAACGUUGCUGUUCGUGGGUUUGGCUCUACUGCUACUUAUGUUUCUGGAGUUUGGAAUCAUAUAUUUCUAUGUGUAUGAAAAUGCUCCUGUCUUGGAUAUGAACUACAAGGCAAUUAUUUUAAUGACACUGGUGUGGCUGAAUCUUUCGAUUAUGAUUAAGCGGUGUACUGCGGUGACAGAAAAGAACAUUCGUUUGCGCGAGUUCCGACGACGAAAGAUGAUCACCAAACGCGAACGCUACCGUAACCCGGAUCCGGAUGGCGUUUGCACCAGGCGAUAA